AGACAACUCAAUCAAGUUCAAGGAAUAUUCGCCCAUAAAUCAAUCGUCAUGAGUGCCGUGGAAGUGGAAAACAAACCGGCGGACGCUCCGGAACACUGCCCGGGAACGGAGAGUGAAAACGCGGGUAAGGCAUCCGCCUGUGCCGGAUGCCCUAAUCAGCAGAUAUGUUCCACUGGUCCGAAAGGUCCGGACCCGUCGAUUGCACUGGUAAAGGAAAAGCUAAAGGAAGUGCGCAAUAAGAUUCUCGUGCUGUCCGGAAAGGGUGGCGUCGGGAAGAGCACAGUGACGGCCCUGCUGAGCCGAGCGAUGGCGCAGUUGAAUCCGGAAAAGAACUACGGCGUGCUGGAUGUGGAUAUUUGCGGGCCCUCGCAGCCGCGAGUAUUGGGCGUGCUGGGGGAGCAGGUGCAUCAGUCCGGAUCCGGUUGGUCACCGGUGUACGUGGAAGAUAAUUUGAGUUUGAUGUCGAUUGGAUUCUUGCUGGGCAGUCCGGAUGAUGCGAUUAUUUGGCGUGGGCCAAAGAAGAACGGGAUGAUUCGGCAGUUUUUGACCGAGGUGGAUUGGGGACAGUUGGAUUAUCUGGUGCUGGAUACACCUCCGGGGACAUCCGAUGAGCACCUUUCGGCCGCAACGUUUUUGAAGGAGACCGAAGGGAAUUGGGGUGCGGUGCUGGUGACGACACCGCAGGAAGUGGCAUUGCUGGACGUCCGGAAGGAGAUUACUUUCUGUAAGAAAAUGGGGAUUCCGGUUGUCGGGGUGGUGGAAAAUAUGUCGGUAUUUGUGUGUCCCAAGUGUACGACUGAAUCGGAUAUUUUUCCGGCCAAGACCGGCGGAGCGGAGAAGAUGUGCCAGGAGAUGGAAGUGUCCUACUUGGGCAAGCUGCCUCUGGAUCCGAGAUUGGCGAAAUGCUGUGACGAAGGGAAAGAUUUCAUAACGGAACAUUCCAACAGCCCGACGGUGAUCGCCCUGAACCAGAUCGUUGCUAAAGUGCAGGAGUUCUUCGACAAAUAAGUCCAUAAGUUUUUCACUUUUAUGUUUAGCCUUAUAAAUUUCCAUGUAAC